UAGACAGAAGAGGACGCGUCUUCUUUGUCUAGUUCUCCGAUCAGCGUGCGUGCGUGCGUGCGUUGUCACUUUGGUAAAAUAGCAGAGAAGACAAGCGAAGAGAGUCAAUCAACCAAUCUGAUCGGCGAUGGGUUGUUUCAGUUGCAUCAACGGAACGCAAAAGAAGCAGCGUAAGGAAGAAGAGAGACGAGCCUCCGCCGAAGCUCGCGCCAGAGCCGCCGAAGCUGCCAUGCGACGAGAAGAAGAGUUUAAAAAGUCUGCACAUGGAAGGGCUGCACAAGCUCAGUUACAGCAAAUGGCUAAACAAUCUGCUAAUACUAACAAAGGAGAACCUGUUCUUAAGUGGCAAAUGACAUAGUGAUGGGACCGGCCUAAUCUCUACCUUACUCAUCCGAUUUGUU